CCCUGGCAACCAUUAGAAACAUCAUGGCGACAGGGUAUCGAGGGGUAGUGUGGUGAGUGCUCGGAUAGGACCGGCGAUUUUCCCGUUUUUGGCGUAGAAUUCCUCAAGUUUUGACCACUUUAGAUAUAUUUUAGGACAGUUGGGAUGUUUGGACAUUGCCUGGUGCAAGAAUUCUCCACUUAUGAGGAAAUUUGAACGAUUUCUGAGGUAAAUUCCGACACGGGACGUCCCAAGGAGCGAGCCUGUUGCACAUCCAAGAUGGACGCUGUCAGACGACACUGAGCGAUUUUUAACCAGACUUUCCUCGCAAUUCCUGACGAAAUGUCGAACCUGAACUUGUCAUUACUUAGCCGCGGGAUCGGCCAAGUCUCCGGGAACGGCCAGGAAAAAGUAGAUGUCUUUCUGGAGCCCGAGGACUACUAUAAUAUGUUCCCACAAUUCAAAGUACGCCACAAGUACUGCAAGAGGAAACGGAAAGCUUCAAAGCACAAGACCAGCCGCUCCUACCCGCUCGGAACCCUAGACAUGGACUAUCAUAACAUCCCCUCAGAGGAGCAGCGGAAUCAGUUUUUCCUGCCACCGAUCGAAAGCCGACAGCUUUCUCGGGGAACCCACCACACCAAGUCCGUCCGCGGGGCAACAACAGCCCAUACAGAACGCUUCUCCAGCCCUCUCACUGUGCCACGGACAUUUAGCACCAGGAAAGGGCCACUGUUACUGUACUCUGAGGACUUAGCGCACAAGACACACGAAGGCAAGGUGGAGAAGAGGAAAAGAAGGGCUCGGCAAUUGAGAAGACUUUCUGAGAUAGAAGAAUCCUUCCAGCUGAAAAAUAUUAGUGAUCUAAGCAAGGCAAUCCUACAGUAUGGCAAAGCGACUGGUUCCAAUGAGGAGUUGUAUCUCAAAUUCCUGCACCAUCGACAGAAAGAUCUGUGGGCUCGUAAGGUGCGGCCAGGGUUCUCAGCAAAACGAUACAUCUCCAACUGGUCCAGACUCUGGGAUGACAGCAUGCUCAACAAGUUAAAGUCAUCAGGCAGGGUAUCUGACAAGACGCUGUACAGAGAAAACCCCUUCGGACACAGUCUGUCUACCAAGCGGCGCUACGAGAACUUGUCGUACAUCCCUCCGCCGUACCGUCUCAACCGUAACAUGAUGCAGUCUCCCGGAAACUUUGGCAACUACGAGUUUUACCGUGUUAAACCCGACAUGAUAGAUUCUGGCCGUGGUACCCCAGACUCAGCCAUGGAGGUUGACCAGGAGUCUGUUAUAGGCCCGGUGUCACCUCCCCACCACCCCAGCCCCUUCGGACAGAUCAAGACUGUCGUACACGAGGAUGGGAACAUCAAGGAACUGCCAUACAACGAGCUCAGACUAGGGGAGAAACAUGAGGUUCUUACAGAGCUGCUAGCAACUGCAUACGCACACCAGCUGUCCAGUCGUGAGGGAGGGGAGCCAGAAGAUAUCUAUGAUGAGGUCAAAGACAACGCCUCAACUACAACACAGGUGGACAUGAGGAGGGCCAUUGAGUCACUCGUCACUUCCACCAAACCACCGAGCAGACCGGCUCCCACGUUCCCAAACUUUAACCGCCGCGCCAGCGUUCUGACGUUAGACAUCCCCGAGGCAGAGAGUACAGAGGGGAACCCGAACCCUUCACAUGCCAAGUACUACACUGGGAUGCUGAAGGGAAGCGGACUCACUUCAGAAACUACCAUGAGAAGAGCGUCCAUCGCAUCCACCCAGCCCGGCCGAGAGACCCACUUUAGUGUUCCCAGCCUGUCCACACGAGACCACAGCAGAGCCACUCCCUCUAGGCAGUACUCCAGUACCACUUUCGAGGGAACCCUUCCACCCAUACUGCCUCCUAUAGCCAAGGACAGGAUGGCCAAGCAGAGUGACACUGGGUACCAGACAGAUGUUUUCCAAGGUGAUUUAGCGGAGGUACAGAGUGAGAUAUCGAGUGUUCCCAACCUCCCUCCCAUCAAGGUGGGGAUAAAGAGGGGCAGUGUGGAUUACCGGACUGUUAGAGAGGUGUCAGACAAAGUGCCAGAGAAACUUCCUACCAUCACAAUGGAACCUCCAACCCCCCUGCACCACCUUGGAGGGGGUACCCCCCAGAAGGGCACCCCCCUGCAGGAGCGGCCUGAGAUUAGAGCCACCAUGGCAAACACUGGAUUCGAGCCGUGGCAAAGCACCACAGAUGAGUCCCUGGAUGAUGAUGAACAUGGCUGGGUACAGAUGGAUGAGGAGGAGAUCCUUCGGCGAGCAGAGGAGGAGGAGAAAAUGGCUGCCGCGGUCGAGAAACAAUCCGAGAAACACUCCAGCAAGCGCUCCAAGUCUUCUGCUCGUUCCUCUCUCGGUAGUAAGAUAGGGGAAGUAGUAGAGGAAGAGCCGGAGGAGGAAAAUGAAGAGGAGGAUGAUGAAGAAGAUGAGAUAGAUGUAGAUGAAGAAGAAGAUGAUGAGGAAUAUGAAGAAGAUGAAGAAGAAGAAGAAGAGAUGGAAGAAAGAACAGAAGAACGCAUGUCUGUUGUGGUGACUCCUAAGCCAAAAUCUUCUGCUCCUCAAGGAAAGGAGACUCCAGCCUCCAAGGCGUCUUCCUCCGGGAAGAAAGUGGAGAAAUUUGUCAUCGGGAAAGUUCCCACUCCCAAAAGGGAGAGAGUGGAGAAGAUUGAAGCCCCUCCUCCGACUGCUGAGGACACUGCACCGCCUAAAAAGGAGGCGAAAAAGACACUUCCUCCAAAGGGAGGUGGAGUGACACCAAGAGGGGCAGAACAGAAAGCAGCAGCAAAACCGAAACCACAGAAACAACCAUCACAAGCAAGCCUGGGGGAAAACCUGGCUAACUUGGCAGCAGAGUCAGUAGGAGAUGGCAGUAGGAAGAGGAGAGGCAGCGGCAGUGUGGCUGGUGUUAGUGUGUCUGGGAGUGAGAAGAGCAACCGGAGUCUGGUGGUCAGGAGUAUAGGGGAUGGCAGUAUAGCGGGAGGAGAUGCUGCCAGUGUGAAGAGUAGCCAGGACAGCCUGAGUGCCCCGCCCUCCCACGUCCACCAGUCCAUGAGGGGGAGUCAGAUGAGCAGUCGGGCUGCCAAGUUUAGUGGGCGGUCGGACAAGAAGAAAGAUGCUGCUAGUGAGGCUGGAAGUCAGCGGAGUAGUCUUCGGGGGAGUGUCAUUGUUGCACCCGGAGGGGAGGUGGUCAGUGUGGGAGGGUCCGUUAAAGCUGCGUCUGAGUCUGGGAGGUCACAACAGCCGGAGGAAGACAGAGAGGAUGACCGUAUGUCAGAAGACUCUGGUCACAUGUCAGAAGGAGAGGAAGAGCCAGCUGAGAUCCAGUCAGUGGCAUCUGGCCCCUCCCUGGGGUCACAAAGAGCAUCUAAGAUUUAUGGCUACUCCAAAAGACAAGAAAUCGAUGUCACGAGUGGCGACUUCGAUGCCUCUGCCUUCCUCUCGGCUCGUAGCGUGAAGUCGGAUGACUCGAAGUCGCAGAAAUCAGAGGAGGACAAAGAUUCCCGCUCACAGAAGGGCUCUGUGAAGAGCUCUGUGAGUAACCCUAACCUGGCCAGCAAUGCCCCCAGUCUGGCUCCUAUAGAGGAUGAGGGGGAGGAAGAGGAGGAGGAAGAGGAAGAAGAAGACUGGCCAGCCCUGGCUAAAGAAGCAAGCGACCGUGAGUCGCAGGGGUCCCUGGCUGCCUCCCAGAAGUCACUGCGUGAGCACGCUGCGGCAAUCGCUGCUGCCGUUCUGCAGAAACAAGGGACGGGGAGAGACCUCGGCACAGACGCUCUGGUUGCUGCCAGAUUAUGGCGAGAGGUUGACGACAUGGUGAGACUAGAGGACCUCCCGCCGCGUGCACGAUCGGCCGACCCCCAGCCGAAGCAGCGGGAGAAGGAAAUGGUUCACGACAGCGAGGGGAAUGAGAUUGAGGUGGACGUACUCGGACCCCUUCCCGAGGCCGGCCAGCUGAGUCAUAAGAUGAGCCGAUCGGCCGGACCGCUGGUGGCAAUCGCUCGGGAGAUGAAAAAACAAGCAGCUCUCCUUGGUAUGGAAGGAGAAGACUUUGAGGUUGAUGCAGACACUCUACAGCAGCUUCAGGACGAGUCUCUGACUCCUGAAGACAUCGAGAUUGUCCGAGACGAGGCGACAGGGAAGAACAUCAUCCGGUCCAGACGAUCAUCAAAAGCAAGUGAAUUGUCAAGCAAGCCAAGUCUAGCAGCUGCUCAACCUGUCAAAACAACAGCCCCGAAACCUCCCAAACCAGCUGCUAAACCAGCAGCUAAACCUAGCGAACCACUCAAGCCUGACGUCACAAACUAUGGCAAAGCCGACGCACCAGAAAAAGAAGAGAAACCCGAAAAAGAUGAACAGAAAGCUCGAGUCCCGCUUGCCCCCGUGGCCGAGACAAAGAAGGAAGUUAAACCAACGCCUAAGAAGGAAGAAGCGCCCAAGAAGGUUGAGACACCCAAGAAGGCUGAGCCACCUAAGAAAGAAGAGCCAGCCAAGAAAGUAGAGACACCAAAGCCUGCCAAAGAAAAGAAGGAAAAAGUUGUUGCAAAGGAGGAGCCAGCACCUAAGAAAGAAGAGAAGGAGAAGGAGAAAGAAAGCCCAGCCAAGGCAGAGAAACAUCCAAAGGAAAAGGAAAGUAAGAAGAAGAAGAAGCCCAAGUCACCCGUUAAAGAAGUUGCCAAAGAAGAGCCAGAACCCCCGAAGGAGGAAACACCUGAACCUCCGGCUGAGAAACCAGGCAAGUCCGCCAAGGGUUCAGCCAAGAGUGGGAAAAGCACAAAGAGUCAUUCUUCACUGGAGGACAGGCCAACAUUUGUCAUUGGUCAACCCAAGACAGAAGUGAAAGCUGAGGAGCCUCUGCCCGUACUCCCUAAGAAAGAAGCUGUACCCAAAGCUACCAAAGCAGCACCUGCCAAGAAAGGAGGGAAGAAGAAAGGAAAGAAAGAAAAAGAGAAGAAACCUGAAGAAGCUGCUCCAGAGGCAGAAGAAGAGGCGCCUGCACCGGAGGAAGAGAUUGUCAGGUCACCAACCCCCGAGCCAGAGGAGCUUGAACCUGAACCUGAGCCCGAACCAGAACCUGAGCCAGAACCUGAAGAGGAAGAAGAAACGCCAUCGGAGUCUCCCACAAAAGCAUCUAUACCCUCGGCCACCCCGUCCCGUGCCUCCCCGGAGAAGACGGCGACGCCUGCCCUGGUCCAGCCGCUACCCUUCGGCACAGUCAACGCUCCCCCCUCCACCAAGAGUGAAGACAGUGCAGAGGCGGACCAUGGAGUAGACGAGGAGGCUGCUGAAGCUGCCAAGGCAGCUGCUCGGGAGAAGCGGGCCCAGAGAGAGGCUGCUCGCGCCGCGGCCGCCCAGAAACGGAAGGAAGAGGUCGAGAGGAAACGGAAGGAGAGAGAAGAGCAGAAGAGAAGGGAACAGGAGGAGAUUGAACGGCAGGAACGAAUGAAGCAGGAGUUGGAGGAUGAGAGGAAGAGGAGAGAUGAAGAACACAAGAGGAGGAAAGAGCAGAUGGAGGAGGAGAAGAAGAAGCAGGCUGAUGAGGAGGAGAAGAGGAGGCAGGCGGAGAUCGCCCGGCUGGAGAGGGAGCGCAGACAGCAGGACGAGUACCGCCGCAUGAUGGCCGAGAUGCAGCGCAAGAAGAAGGAGGAAGAGCAACGCAAAGCUGAAAUUGCAGCAGAAAGAGCGAGGGAAGAGGAAGAGAGACGGAGAGAAGAAGAAGAAAAGAUGGCCCAGAUGGAGGAAGAGGAACGUCUCGAGUACGAACGACAGAAGAGAGAAGAGGAAGAAAGAAGACGGAAAGAAGAGGAGGAGAGAAGAAUACGAGAAGAAGAAGAGGCAAGAAUUCGAAUGGAGGAGGCCAGACUUCUUGCAGAACGGAUGGCGAAGGAACGGGCCAUCUUGGAAGAGAAGCUUAAGUUCCAGAGAGGACUAGCAUCAGAAUCUAGCAACUUGGAACAUGGACAGAACCUCAAUCCAGCAUUUACCUUUUCUUACUUUGAACUUCUGCAGCUCUUAGGACUGCAGUUUCCUACCGAGGAGGGGGACAAGGAUGUCAAUGGAUAGAAACUAUUUCUGCUCUCCUAUU